UUUGAGUUUUCUCCGACCGGUGGGUGUUCGAAAGCAGACACCAUCAGCUUGUCUAGUCUCCGGUUCGUGAAUUUUUUGAUUCUUACAUCUUUUAGGUUUUCAGAUAAUGGAACGUUGUAGCUCAAUCUGAUUUUGAAAAAUAAUUGAAUUCUACCAUCUCCCUGCAUGUUGUAGAUUUGUUCAGAAUCUUUGAUGAUCUUAGGGUUUUUUACGUUUUACCGUCUUAUUAGCUUCGAAUUCGAUCAGGAUCUGAAUUUUUAUGAGCAAUUUGGUUCACUGUGAUGUUAUAUAGGCAAAGUCAAUUUUGCAUCAGAUCUCUAACUGUUGCCCUUUGUUUGCAUUGUGGUUAUGUUUUUUUGGUUCUCCUCAGUGAUCCAAAACGGAAGAAGAAGUUUCUUUUUCAGUGCUUUGAGGAUCUGCAACAAGUAUCCACCUGAGAUUUUCAACAAUGGUUUUACUACAGUUGGAUCCGUUUCUGAAUGAACUCACGAGCAUGUUCGAGAAAAGCAAAGAGAAAGGCUCUGUGUGGCUUACUUUGAAAAGAUCAUCUUUGAAGUCUAAGCUGCAGAAGAGGAAACUGAGCGCUGCUGGAGAAUCCAUAGAGUACAGAUGCCUUAUUCGAGCUACUGAUGCUAAGAAAACGAUCUCUACUUCGGUUGGUGCCAAGGAUCACCAGAGAUUUCAAGCACCAUAUGCUACCAUUCUUAAAGCUCACAUGACUGCUUUGAAGAAGAGGGAGAGGAAAGACCGGAAGAAAUCAACAGAAGCAGACAAGAAAGAAAGCACUUCUUCAACCACUACUAAACCCAAGAAACUUUGAUCUCCUCUUUUUUCUUUUAUGUAAUCUCAUUUUGAUCUGCAAUUGUUGCUUAUAAAUUGAAUUUUGAAAAGAUAUUGACAUUCAAGAACAAGACAAUUUAUUGAAAAACCUGAAGACGAACCUAAAAAGGAAACCUUAAUUAUGA